AUGUUUACAAAACACAUAAAGAUCGCGCAAUUACUGCUUUUAUAUUGUGUCACCGUACAAAGUUACAUCGCAGCUGAAAAUAGAUUAUUGAAAGAAGACGCUAAUUUCUUUCAAAACUUGUGUAAUAAUAUAAUUUAUGAUAAUAAAAAAGAAACUAAUAAUUCAUAUUGGAUCAAUCUAUAUCCUUUCUUGUGGUUAUCAUAUAAGUGGAGCAAUUCUAAAUCCUAUCAUUCAAACAUCGGAGGCAGAACUUUCAAUGAGUAUCCACUGAAAGAUCAACUUUCAGUGCCCGUAAAUAAAAGUGACAAUAGAAUGCAAGGUCGAAAAAUAACCGUUAAUGAACUCAUAAAGCGCACUAAGUUGAUCACAACCUACAUAAAGAAAUUUCAAAAAGAUGCAAAUGGUACCGUUACUAAUUCCUCUCAAAACUUUAAAGAAGCCAACUUCGACGCAGAUCUUUUGCUUACCUUUGUAAUGAUGAUAUAUCAAUGGACCUCCGAUGUAAUAAUCCUAAAUACUAUCGGCAAAUCAUAUUACGAGAAGAUCUUAAAGCUUCCAGAAAAAUGUGAACCCCAGCUGAUACAGACUAACUACACACUGCAAGAUCGUAUAAUAAGAUCCUCCGAUAUCAUAAGCAUCAUUAAAAUGAUCCAAAAUCAAUUACAUACGAAAUCAAAGGAAUUAUUAAGGAAGAAAAAGGACUACCACACAAUGGAACAUAAUUCGACAACGGCUGAAGAGCUCAUAAAACUUAUUAAAUCGAUCGUAUUUGAAUUAAACGAGAAAUUAAAUUCUGAGGAAACUAUAAUAUCGUCACGUCUCAAUAAGGACAUAGUCAAACUUCAAUUGUUCGCAUAUAAAUGGGUCCUUAAUAUACGUUAUCCGAAUAUCCGCAAAAAAUCUGUUAAGAACUUCCAACCACUGAAAGAUCAGUCUUCAUUGCUCAUGGACAAACAUGACAACGAAUCGACAAAUCAGGAGAAAAACACGAGAAAAACAGAUGUCUUGAAGCGCGAGGGUAGAUCGUUGACAACGCUCGAUGCUUCUACUGAAACGGUGUGCAAAUUCGAACGAAUCAUACACCACACAUUAGAAAUGCGGCUAUAUGUCUUCGGACGGAUAACGCAUGAGUGGUUCACUUAUGAAAACUAUACUAUUGGAGGAAGAUCUUUAAAUGAUUUUCAGCUUCCACUGGAAGAUCAGUCUUUCUCAUUGCCUGUGGAAGAAAGAGGCUAUGAACUGGAAGACGAAAUAACCAUCAAGGAUUUCAUGGAUAAUGUUAAAUUAAUUAAACAUCAAAUAAAUGAAAAUUUAAAGAUAUCCGAGGAAACUACAAUGGACACUAGUAACGAAUCCUCUCAAAAAUUACGAAAUAGGGAACACAUACAUGUUAAAAAAUCUAACGUUGAUUCAAUCAACAAACACUUGAAUUACCUUCGAUUAAAAUACAUAUUGACGAUAUAUCGGUGGAUUUCUAAUAUAAUAAUUUACAAUACCAUUGGCAAAACGUCUCUCGGUGACAUCUUUUCACGUCUACGGGAAUGUCAACCUAUGUUUCCCGUGAAAGAGACCAACGAGCAACUAAAAGAAUUUGAGGAAAUAAGUAAGGAAAUCAUUUAUCUCACCCAGUUGCUCCAGACAACUGCCUCCGAAAUUUGA